CGCCUCAGCUGAACGUACCUGAAUUCUCUGCUACACGAGUCGAUGUAUGGAGCCUUCGAGACGUGCUGCAAGCAAUGCGAGUGUCUUCAAUGAAUCAUUUACCUUCAGGCUCCUAGGCAUCGGAACGCGUCACUGGAAGAUGCCGCUCAGGUGAAACAGCGGCUGCAUGUUGCAGGAAAGGGUCAUGACAGAACAAGACGAAGCAUUGAUGUAUUGUGCAAACAAGGGAGAUUCGUGAGGAUAAGACACGCCGACAGAAGGGCGCUACACAUGUAGAAGAGACGGCAAUUGCUGCAGAACAAGGCGGAAUGUAAGCUUUGGACUCAUAACAUAACGUUGACAGAUAUCGGCUACAGGAUAGUCAAUCUCAUGGACAUAGGCGUGCAACACUUGAGCAACACUUUCCUAUUGGAAACUGUCAAGGAAGGUAUCAACGCACUUCCUUGACAAGUAAACAGUGACAGUCCAGACGUCUGUUGACCCUUGUACAUUCACACGAAGAGCGGGAGCUGAAUCACAACCUGGCACACUGUGGACAGUGACAGUCCAGACGACUGUUGACCCUUGUACAUUCACACGAAGAGCGGGAGUUGAAUCACAACCUGGCACACUGUGGACAGUGACAGUCCAGACGACUGUUGACCCUUGUACAUUCACACGAAGAGCGGGAGUUGAAUCACAACCUGGCACACUGCGGACAGUGACAGUCCAGACGACUGUUGACCCUUGUACAUUCACACGAAGAGCGGGAGUUGAAUCACAACCUGGCACACUGUGGACAGUGACAGUCCAGACGACUGUUGACCCUUGUACAUUCACACGAAGAGCGGGAGUUGAAUCACAACCUGGCACACUGUGGACAGUGACAGUCCAGACGACUGUUGACCCUUGUACAUUCACACGAAGAGCGGGAGUUGAAUCACAACCUGGCACACUGUGGACAGUGACAUGUUCCACCCACAGUGCUGGACGCCAGCCUUUAACAAGAUUGAAAUGUCAGUGACCAUGAACCAGUUGAUGAACCAGUUAAACAGACGACUGCAUGACAUUUUUGCACAGUGCCAUGUAGAGUUCUACAGGACACAGGAGUUUGUUUCUCACUGACAUAUAGACGUCUGUGGGACACAGGAAAUUGUUGCACAGUGACACGUAGACGUCUAUAAAACACAGGAGUGUGUUGCGCAGUGACGUAGAGAUCUACAUGACACAGGAGUUUGUUGCACAGUGACACGUAAACGUUUAUAAAACACAGUAGUUUGUUGCACGGUGACGUAGAGUUCAACAGGACACAGGAGUUAGUUGCGCAGUGACGUAGAGUUCAACAGGACACAGGAGUUUGUUGCGCAGUGACGUAGAGUUCAACAGGACACAGGAGUUUGUUGCGCAGUGACGUAGAGUUCAACAUGACACAGGAGUUUGUUGCGCAGUGACGUAGAGUUCUACAUGACACAGGAAAUUGUUGCACAGUAAAACGUAGACGUCUAUAAAACACAGGAGUUUGUUGGACAGGGACGUAGAGUUCUACAGGACACAGGAGUUUCACACAGUGGCACGUCGAAGUUUGACUUCUGCCAAACCAGUGUUUGUAUUGAUUAUUGAAAAGAAUGUUCUUGUUUGACAAGCGUCUGAUCAGCAGUUUAGGAGCGUGUAUAGGAGUCUGUCAAGAAGUGCAUGCAGUCCAUACAGACUAGCGUCUCAUACACAGCCUGGGGCUGCUCGCCAGCCACGUUCUCCUCCAAUGGCCAUGACUUCCUCUGAUGAGGACACCAUCAUCAUCCUGUCUACUCACUAUGUGAGGGACCCCAGGGAGAGACUGGUCUCCACUGAAUCCACAACCCAGGUGACGGUGGGGCGGACGCGCCGGGAGACGUUGAUAGCUCGAGCAGUCGCCGUGGUGUCGUUGUCUCUUCUCACUAUCAGUGUGCUGUUGGUGAUGGUGUCGUUAAUCAUGUCUCAUCAUAUAGAUCAGUUAGUGCGAGAUGCGAACAAGGAUCGCUGGUAUCCUCCCAAACACUACAUCUCUGGGACACCCUUCGUGAACCACUCCGUCAAUUUCACGAUGCCAGACAGCUGACAUCGUCACGGCACGUGCCAGUUCCGGGUGUGACAGACAGCCUGACCCUGUCCCACUGUGGAAACCACAGACACAGCUUCACUCGGCCACACAGCGACGAGGGUUCCCAACGGGUGUCUGUCUACACCCACUUGUGUAUACUCUGCCGCCUCUUGUUGCUCAGUGUUGAACUCGGAUCGUCAACGGCAACUUGAGAAUGAUUCCAGGGCGGUAACAACUCGGUGACACUGGGUCUUGGAAUGUUAUAUAAAGAAAAUGCAUUAAAUGACGUGGAUGUCGUGUGAUAGUAAGGCAUAGAUUCAACCUAAAGUCAAACAGUACUGAACUGUGAUUCAAAGGCGGAAGUGAUUCUCAUGCGAAGUUAAUUGUUAUCUUUUCGUUGACGUACACUGAUUAGCUUUGAUUAUUAGAGGGCGAAACUGGUGAUGAGAUAUGAGGGGAGGAGAUAUGAAGUGGUGAGGCAUUAAGUGAGGAGAUAUGAAGUAGUGAGACGGGAAGGGAUGAGAUAUGAAGUGAUGAGGCAUUAAGUGAUGAGAUAUGAAGUGACGAGGUAUGAAGAGAUGAAAUAUGAAGUGAUGAGGUAGCAAGUGAUGAGAUACGUAGUGACGAGAUAUAAAGAGGUGGUGAGAUAAAAAGUGACGAGAUAUGAGGUGAUGAGAUAUAAAGUGACGAGAUAUGAGGUGAAUAGACAUAUUCCAGCUAUAUGACGGCGGAGGGGAGUCAUGAGAUACGAAGUGACGAGUUAUAAUGUGACGAGAUAUGAAGUGUUGGGACAGGAAGUGACGAGAUAUGAAGUGUUGGGACAGGAAGUGACGAGAUAUGAAGUGAUGAGAAAUGAAGUAGUGAGGCGGAAUGCGAUGAGAUAUGAAGUGAUAAAGGCGGGAAGUGAUGAGGCAGGAAGUGACGAGAUAUGAAGUGACGAGAUAUAAAGUGACGAGAUAUGAAGUGAUGAGGUAUGAAGUGAUGAGGCAGUGUGACUCAGAUUUGCCCGAUCCGAGGACAUGCAGUUACGACACAAGCAAGACACCAUAGUGAGUUGGCAGAAAAAACAAUAAGCCAAUCUCCGUCAAGACUCACACGCAGUAAUUGAGUUGGUCUGGGGUUGUGAGCGUUCUAACAAGCGCAUGAUGUCAACAAGACAUGUUGUGGAGUGAUAGAAGCACUAGACGCAGUGAGUCCAUGUAAACACGGGGCCCCCUUCACAAGUGUGCCGUGAGUUCUCACAGCCAAGUCAAAUAUGUCAGUCAUUCUCUCUACAUAUAUUCACCAAAAGGUGUUUCAAUGCCGUUGUCUGCCUAAACAGUGACCUCAAUUUACAUUUGUACUUUGUGUAAUGCACACAGCCCUUUAUUGCUGACACCCCCAGUCGUUACAAUCAUUAAGUACGCAGGUACCCGCUUUGUUACUCUUCUUCAAACUUAGGUUUUAUAUUAUUUAUUAAAACGUUGAUGAAAUUAUCCUGAUUUUAAUUCCGUGGGUGUUUAUCUUGCUGAACCCGGUGUGUGUGAAUAUUGAACAGUCUGGGGAACUUUCUCACAUCCGGAGCAGGAAUUAAGGAAAUCAGUUAAUCAAUGGAAUAGUCAAUGUCCAGGAGGUUCAGUGUGGGUUGUGACACCGUGCCUCGGGUGGAGGUGGUGUGGGACGGAUGUGUAUCGGGGUAAUCGAUAAGACAAACAUUCCACCUUUCAGGCUUCCCUACAGCCCGUGUGUACAAAUCGUGUGUAAGGCUCGUCGUGUGUACGGCUCGUGUGUACAGCUCGUGUGUACGACUGGUGUGUACGGCACGUGUGUACAACUCGUGUGUACACCGGGUCUGUACGACUGGUGUGCACGGCUGGUGUGUACGGCUUGUGUAUACGGCUGGUGUGUACGGCUGGUGUAUACGGCUUGUGUGUACGGCUGGUGUUUACGGCUUGUGUGUACGGCUGGUGUUUACGGCUGGUGUGUACGGCUGGUGUAUACGGCUGGUGUGUACGGCUGGUGUUUACGGCACGUGUGUACAACUCGUGUGUACACCUGGUCUGUACGACUGGUGUGCACGGCUGGUGUGUACGGCUUGUGUAUACGGCUGGUGUAUACGGCUGGUGUAUACGGCUGGUGUAUACGGCUGGUGUAUACGGCUGGUGUGUACGGCUGGUGUUUACGGCUUGUGUGUACGGCUGGUGUAUACGGCUUGUGUGUACGGCUGGUGUUUACGGCUUGUGUGUACGGCUGGUGUUUACGGCUGGUGUGUACGGCUGGUGUUUACGGCUGGUGUGUACGGCUGGUGUUUACGGCACGUGUGUACAACUCGUGUGUACACCUGGUCUGUACGACUGGUGUGCACGGCUGGUGUAUACGGCUUGUGUAUACGGCUGGUGUAUACGGCUGGUGUAUACGGCUGGUGUAUACGGCUGGUGUGUACGGCUGGUGUUUACGGCUGGUGUGUACGGCUGGUGUUUACGGCUUGUGUGUACGGCUGAUGUAUACGGCUUGUGUGUACGGCUGGUGUUUACGGCUUGUGUGUACGGCUGGUGUUUACGGCUUGUGUUUACGGCUGGUGUAUACGGCUUGUGUGUACGGCUGGUGUAUACGGCUUGUGUGUACGGCUGGUGUUUACGGCUGGUGUAUACGGCUUGUGUGUACGGCUUGUGUGUACGGCUGGUGUUUACGGCUGGUGUUUACGGCUUGUGUGUACGGCUGGUGUAUACGGCUUGUGUGUACGGCUGGUGUUUACGGCGUGUGUGUACGGCUGGUGUUUACGGCUUGUGUGUACGGCUGGUGUAUACGGCUUGUGUGUACGGCUGGUGUUUACGGCUGGUGUGUACGGCUGGUGUAUACGGCUGGUGUGUACGGCUGGUGUUUACGGCACGUGUGUACAACUCGUGUGUACACCUGGUCUGUACGACUGGUGUGCACGGCUGGUGUGUACGGCUUGUGUAUACGGCUGGUGUAUACGGCUGGUGUAUACGGCUGGUGUAUACGGCUUGUGUGUACGGCUGGUGUGUACGGCUGGUGUGUACGGCUGGUGUUUACGGCUUGUGUGUACGGCUGAUGUAUACGGCUUGUGUGUACGGCUGGUGUUUACGGCUUGUGUGUACGGCUGGUGUUUACGGCUUGUGUUUACGGCUGGUGUAUACGGCUUGUGUGUACGGCUGGUGUAUACGGCUUGUGUGUACGGCUGGUGUUUACGGCUGGUGUAUACGGCUUGUGUGUACGGCUUGUGUGUACGGCUGGUGUUUACGGCUGGUGUUUACGGCUUGUGUGUACGGCUGGUGUAUACGGCUUGUGUGUACGGCUGGUGUUUACGGCGUGUGUGUACGGCUGGUGUUUACGGCUUGUGUGUACGGCUGGUGUAUACGGCUUGUGUGUACGGCUGGUGUUUACGGCUGGUGUAUACGGCUUGUGUGUACGGCUGGUGUAUACGGCUUGUGUGUACGGCUGGUGUUUACGGCUUGUGUGUACGGCUGGUGUUUACGGCUGGUGUGUACGGCUGGUGUAUACGGCUUGUGUGUACGGCUGGUGUUUACGGCUGGUGUAUACGGCUUGUGUGUACGGCUGGUGUAUACGGCUGGUGUAUACGGCUUGUGUGUACGGCUGGUGUGUACGGCUGGUGUGUACGGCUUGUGUGUACGGCUGGUGUGUACGGCUGGUGUAUACGGCUGGUGUUUACGGCUUGUGUGUACGGCUGGUGUGUACGGCUGGUGUGUACGGCUGGUGUUUACGGCUUGUGUGUACGGCUGGUGUAUACGGCUUGUGUGUACGGCUUGUGUUUACGGCUUGUGUGUACGGCUGGUGUUUACGGCUGGUGUUUACGACUGGUGUGUACGGCACGUGUGUACAACUCGUGUGUACACCUGGUCUGUACGACUGGUGUGCACGGCUGGUGUAUACGGCUUGUGUAUACGGCUGGUGUAUACGGCUUGUGUGUACGGCUGGUGUUUACGGCUUGUGUGUACGGCUGGUGUAUACGGCUUGUGUGUACGACUGGUGUGCACGGCUGGUGUAUACGGCUUGUGUAUACGGCUGGUGUAUACGGCUUGUGUGUACGGCUUGUGUGUACGGCUUGUGUGUACGGCUUGUGUAUACGGCUGGUGUAUACGGCUGGUGUAUACGGCUUGUGUGUACGGCUUGUGUGUACGGCUGGUGUUUACGGCUGGUGUGUACAACUCGUGUGUACGGCUUGUGUGAAUGGCUGAAGUGUACGAUUCCUGUGAACGGCUCGUGUGUGAAGUGGAGAAGGGCGAGUUGUACUGGAUGCCUCUCCAUGGUUUUAUUAAAGUGGAGAAAGGCGAGUUCUCCUGGACGCCUCUCAGUUUUAUAGAUCAGAUCAUGUAAAACCAGACCAUGUAAACCAGACCAUGUAAACCAGGCCACGCAUUCCAGACAAGCCAAGGACACUGAGUAAGCAACACAUGCACAUUAACAGGACAACCCCAUAAGCACAGUAAUAUAAGCCUAUUUUCAUCUCCUUCUUACCUUUCCAAAUACCGUUCGUUAUUCAAUAUACUGACAAGACAGUGUACUCAUCACUACAAAGAGAAGUCUGUAAUUAAUGUUACCUGGUUGUAUCGAUUGACAGCUGGCAUCCACGUGUAUCCCGGCCAAUCAGCCCCGUGUUGCCGGCUACCUGUGACAAUGAGCUGCGCUGAAAUGUUUCAGUCAAUGUAAUCAGUGGCCUGAUCGGUUCAGGUAAUAUCGGAAACAUCGACCAGAGUCUAUGCAGUGGUUGCAAUAGUAUGUUUGUGGAUAGAAUUUGUCACCAAAGUGUUUUCAUACAAUAAACCAUUUUGUA